GAGUAUGUUGUUUUCGCGCAUAGCACAUGACGCAUUAGCGUCGGAGAAUUUUCGCAGAUGGGUGGAGGAACUUAUGCAAGUCACUCAAAAUAUGAGCACUGGUCUCGGUCAUCAGAAUUCAACGCUCGUGACUUACCAGUCCAAUUGUGCCGCGCCAGCAACUACUUUUGGUGCCCCUCUCCAGGCGGCGCAUAACUCAUUGUUACCCGCGGAACCUGUCAAGAUUUGCGCACCUGUUGCUUCCAUCGGUACCCAACCAAUCCCCCCCAAUCAAGCUCAUAUGAGCAACACUCAAAGUUUGGCUAAUGAAACCUCACUUUUACCAACUUCAAGUUCUGGAGGGCAGUGUGCGACAUCGCUACCAACUGUGUUCAAGCUUUACGGCUGGUGUCCCGUCGAAAUCAAGCCUGAUGGAGACUGUUGUGUAGCUGGGUUUUACAAGCGCCAUCCCGGUGAACCUUUCAGCUUCGUAAAAAGUGCUUUGGUAUCUUCUGUCUCUGAUGACGGCCGGACCGUUCACACUGUCGAUGAGCGGAAGUAUCUGCUGCACGAAGGCAUUAGUUGGUGGAUUUAUUCGGCCGACGUCCCUGAGUCUAAUCCCAUCGAAUUACCGCCACAUUUGAUCGGCGCUUUUUCGCAUGGUUUUCCGGGCAAACGUUGGAGGCAGUGGACGCAAGGUCUGUACUAUUUACUUUCCACGCGCAGCAACACACAGGCUUCCGCUCACGAAACUACUGCUUGUAAUGACAAAGCGCAGCAGUUCUCUGGGAAAAGUAUACCCACUGCCAAAAAGCGGGGUCGCUUGGAUUCAUCGACACACGCUUACGAGCACAUUCUCUCUUCUCACCAGCCGCUUGUUGAUCUAGAUUUGGCUUCACACACAGAAGUUGACUCUCCGAAAUUAACGGACGUUCCUGCUGAAGAUUCCUUCGAGAAUCAGACAUCACCGAGUCCAAGCAGCGUCACCACACCGGUCGUUUCAAAACGAGUUGAACGAGGUAAUCGUCUCAAGACUACGGUCACGGACAAAGGCCAGUCGUCGCACCCGAAGCGGAAGCUGCUGGUCGCCCAUACCAACCGGAGGACUCCCGUUCGGGCCGAUUCCGGUGAAUCCAUGAGCGAAUCCCAGGGGGGUGAUAGUAUCACCUCUGUCUCCGAAUUGGAAGCUACAGCUACAUCCCAAACUGUUGUCAGGCAUAUGAAAAAGCCGAAGAAUUCCAAUGAAAAAGCAACGUUGCAAGCCAGAAUCAAGAAAAAAUGUGAAAUGGAGAAACGCUCAACUGGCAAGAACCCACCUCCACGAAAUUUGUUAAAGCCUGUUUCUCGGUUAACUGCCCCUCGUCGAUUGCCUGAACGCCCUGGUGGCGAGCACAAGGUUUCUACGAAUUUCAAGCUUCACACUGCUUCAGGGCAAACUGUGGAUUCACGUGACUUAGAACAAACCCGAUCCGGCCGAUGGGUAAUACCUCGGCUCGAUAGGCGCUACGCACAAUCAAUUCAUAUCAGCAAAAAUGGUGUGGCUAGAAUCCUGCACGAAACACCCGGUCGAUCCUAAACAUAUUCAACUGAUUUCAUGUUCAGAUGCUCCUAUUUUUGUGUACACUCCCAUAAAUAAAAGCAGUGUUGCGCC